AAGACAGACAAACGUGUAUUCACUUCAGCUCUUACUAAAAAAUUAAGUACAGCAGCCAAAUCAUGUUCUCUGCAAGCAGCCAAGCAGGUUGCAACAGCCGCCUCUACAAUGCCAUACGUUCAUAUCUGCACAAUCAAAACAGAGCACAGCCCAUCAUUGGCCUUAACUCAAUAACAGAGAUGUGGAUUUACAAUCAGCCUGCAGUGUACUUUUGCGAUGUCUGCUUUCUGAGAAUAAGCAAGGUAGACAUUAGAAACCACAUCAUGGGCAGCCUUCACCGAUACAAUUACAUAAAAUCUCAUCAUGCUCAUGGGUGGAGAUCCUAUAUCGAUCUCACUCUUUUGGCUCGCCCUCUCAUGGAUCUCGCAAAAACCUUAGAACAGAGGGAGGGAACAGGUGAUGUACAGGUUUUAUGUGUGGAUGAAGUCAUCUACAGGGAGAUGACAUCAUGUCCUGUCCCUGCUGCUUUUGCUAAACUGAAGAGUAUGAAGAAUCAACAAAACCCCAAUGUGCUUCAGUCUCUUGUUCAUAACCCAGUUAAAGGUAAUGAAACCAAUGUUCAAGCGCUGCAAAAGUUUGAAAACAGACAUGAGAUAACACAACCCCCAACCUUGGAAAGUUUAACCCCAACACAGUGUGUACCUACAACUCCACUGAGGUCAAAGUGUUCAAGUAUAAUAGAGUCUCUGUCUCAACCUCUGAAUCCCACACCAGCUCCAUCACCUCCAAGAACCCCAAGUCCUGUCCGACAGUUAUCCUUUUCUCAGGAGGAAUCUACACCCCAAAAUCGAGUGGAUUCUCAUGUUACAGCUGGAAUGCUUAAUCUAGAAAGUUUACUGGCUCCAACUUUCAGUCAACACACAAAUCAGUAUCAGCCUGGAAUCCAUGACAGAAACCAGAGUUCACAAAGAUGUAUGAUGCCAUCUGAAACUAGGAGUCCACACAUCUCAGGAAACAUCUGUGUUGUUAGACCACCAAGACACAGGACCCUCAUCAGAAUUGCUUGCCAGAAUGACACUGCACAUUUAAGUGAAGAAGAUGGGAAUGGAGUCAUGCAUUCAUUACAACUAGCCACAACCAUUGAUCCAUACAAAGCCCAGCUGCGAACAUCACCUCUUACUGUUAGCCACACGGUGCCAGAGAUAAUCCAGAAUCUGACCAUCAGGCAAGAACUUUUCAGAAAUGAGAGUUUAUCUGAUAGCCAAGAGCCUACCAGUGCCUUGCAACUAGCCAGAGUUGUUGAGCCGAUCAUAACGCCAAGGAUUACAGAAGCGUUGGAACCAGCUUUCACACAUGAAUCAAAUCAGUUCCUUGAUCCAGACUUUCAGGAACCAAUCAGCACUGGCUGGGAAGCAAAUGUAACAGUGGAGGCUCAAUCACAGAGUCUUGCUGAAGAAAACAUCACUCUGUCUUCACAAAACUCAAUUCUCCAGUCCCCAUCUACUCAGUCUCAAACCCCUUCUGCUCAAAUUCAGUCCUCAGAAGACUCUCCAGAAAACUACACUGGAAGAAAGCCUCUUAUCGGUCUACAGGCUGUUAUUAAGUGCCAGAGUGUGGAUGGAGAUCCUCCUCCUUGCUUUUACCUGUGUCAGCUGUGUUCAGUGAAAUUGAAGAAAAAGAAAAUUAUCAGUCACCUGACUGGCUGUCUACACCAGCGUAUCUACCUAAAAGUUCUCCAUCCACAGCUCUUGCCUAACAAAAAGCAUAAACAGUGCAAAAUAAAUGAGAUGCUGGAGAAUAUUGCCAUACAGCUGGAGAAAGAGGAUGGGAGAGGACAAAUAAAGGUGAUGAGGUUGUCUGCAUGUCUCUUUAGUGUAGUACUACAGAGGGAUUAUCAUUGGUGUAUGAAGAUUUUGAACUGUGGAGCCAAUGUGGGGUCUUUCACUGGAGGAACAGACAAAACCACUGGUCCUAAUAAAGCUCUUAAACGCCCAGCAGAGUCUAUACUGUCCCCCGUUCAUAAUGAUGGAACUCCACUCCUAACCCAUCAAAGGUCCAGAAAGAAGAAGAAAGGUUGUGCUAAGAAAGUAAUGUGUGCUAACACAGUAAAGGAGCCUGUGUUUAAAGUAAGCCUGUCACUACAGGAGGGGCCCGUUGUCAUUGAGAGAAUGCCUCUAAGACACACAGCCACUGUGGCACCUGAGAUUGAGCACCAAAGCCCCAAGUCCACAUACACCGAGAAUGAUCUAGGGAAUAACACGCAUACUGAAGUUCAGGGAUGCCAACACAUGGGAUGUGACCCCUACGAGUACUGGAAUACACAGCAUGAUGGAAACAUGCUCGCACAGGCAAACAUACCCACGCUGACCUAUACUCACACAGAGGUAAUCUCACACAUAGAUGGUCGAAUGUAUGAGGAUCAGGUCAUGAGACCGUCUCAGUAUGCAUACACAGGACAAUGUGACCAUGCACAAGACAUUCCAGUGGUCGAACCUUCUCGCAGACAUAAGAACUAUGGUUCACUGGAGGAGGUGGUCUCUGUUUCAUGUGCUGACUGGCCAGUGCAGGACUGGUCCUUCAAUAACAGUGAAUGGGUCCUGCAGAGACAAAACACUGGAGACAGUACAAUUUAUCACCCUGAGUUUGCAAGUUACACGCAGUACUGAUGAUAAUGUGUAUUCCAGUAGCAAAAUACUGUCAGAGUUUGAUUUUCAAAAGAUGCUGGCAUAGAAAAGCUACAACAUUUUUUUUUAAUCAGGAUUUGAUCCGAACAGAAUUUAUUACUUUCAAACCAGCAAAACUCGUACAGUCGAUAAAAAAUUAAACGAGACUAAACCAUUACUGAAUCAAAAUUAUUUAAUCCAAUCCACUGAAAUGCAUAUUUUGAGAUAAAAAAAAACCCCAACGGUUUAAUGUUCAUCAUUUUGUUCAAAUUGGAUUUUUCAUCAGUUCACUGUUUCAUUAGUUAACAUUUAUUAAUUUUAAAAAACAUUCUCCUUCAUAAAGACUUGAUAAUUUUUUGCAUGACUAUAGCUGAAAAUCUGCCUCAGCUGUGUUGUAUCAAUUAUUUCGAUAAUAUUCAAAGCCAACAUUGCUGUAUGGCAGUUCACAGAUACAGGUGUUCUCUAUGUUACGUGUUGUGUAACCAGUGAAUAUAUAUCUGUUAACUUCCAAACAGUAACCCUGACUUUGAAUCUGUAUUUAAUGACAUAGAUCUUUUUUUCUGGUACACCGUUUCAUAAUAUAAACAAGCUGUUUAUUGUCAUUGAUAAUAAGCAAGUGUACUGUAUAUGGUCAUUGCCUUGGUUAUUCAUGUAAAAUUCAUGGUUAUUCAUGUAAAAAUAUUAAUGCAUGCAUAAGAACUCAUGAAUGUAAAAUGGCAUGGAUCUGGUUUGGAUUACAACAAUCCCCUAUAAAAUUAGUACUUUUGUAGACUGUUGUAGUACUGUAUUUGGGGAGACAGCAGCGGUGUUGAAUGUUCAGUUUUGUUUUUGCUUCUUUUUUUAAUCCAAUACAGGGCAUGUGUCCCCACCAAAGAAGCACAAUGCAUUAGCAUUACUUUGUUUUGUACACUUGGUUUCUUUUCACUUAGCUACACAAUUCAUUAUAUAAUAUUGGUGAUAUGCCAAAAUAAGUUUUAUUAGUUUAAUUUUAUUGUAUUAUUGAAAGUUGAAUAACUUUAGGUCUUGUGAAUCAGCCAGGAAUAUUUUGGCAGCAUUUCUCAAUUUUUGUCAUGGCUAUCAGAAUUGAAUUUUAAGUUCAGUUUAUCUAAGGU